AUGGGCCAGACUACCAGCACCGAGUCUGACGGCGAGGUGAAAUACACCAAUGGCAAGCUCUCGCGCGCCGAGCUGGACCAUCUGUUUGUGCGCGAGGCCACACGGCUCUUCAAGCCCAUUGAACUGAUGUCUCUGCGCUCAAACCUGGGGCUCCAGGAAUUGCAAGGCUCCAAGCUCGUCACAAGGUCCCAGCUGGUUAAUGUCUUGAAACUCGUCCAGACACCCGCCACAGACGACUUUCUGGAUUGUCUGCACUUCAUUGCCAAGUUCCCCAACUACCGUGACUCCUCAGACCUCACAGUUGCUGGUCUGAUUAAGGCACUCACCAUUUUGGACUCGGACAAGUUUGUGGACUUGUUUGGUAAUAACCGGCGCUACUUUCUCAUGCAGAUUUACCUUGCGUUGAGUUUUGGCGCCCAGCUGGACGAGCCUAGUGAAAAGUCGGAAAAAUCACAGCCCGUUGAGGACCCAAUCGAUGUGGUGUACUCCAACGAUAAGCUGCAAUGGAUUCUUAUUCCGCAGGUGCAAUCGUUUGACGGGCUUGGGGUCUCCAAAUACCAGCUAUCUGCGCCGAAGUUCCUGCGUUUCAUCGCCUUUCUGCUCUUCGUCUCCCCCGUUAGCUUGUCCUUGAACCCAACGUUACCGUUAUCCGAACAAUUUGAGUCUGACGACCAAAACUGGUACAAAUACGAACAACGAGCCAUGAACUUGCUGCGAUCGUUUGAUCUGGACCUGUCCAAGUCGAACUACCAUACAAGGAAGAUCCCGUUCAACGCUUUCGAACGAAUAAUAGGAACGUCUCUUGCAAACGGCUCCAUGCCCCACUUGCUCGAUCCGCUCCACCAUAUCCUGGACUCGCUCUUAUACACCACGCCGGUGGCCCUCCGCCGUCUGGACUUUUCAGAGUCGCGGAUCCUCACCCAUUCCAUGCUCGCAGAGCUUGCCACCAUCCUGCCCCCAGAUCUGGUGUACCAGCGGCUUCGCAAACUAUUUGUGGGGGCAGAGUCCGGGUUCAGCAUGCGGUCCAUGGAGUCCAAAGUGUUCAAGUGGAAUGCGCCAACAAUCCUCCUGGUGUCGGGUAAAACCAUCCAGAUCCAGCCGUCGUCAGAGCCAGCUCCCCAAAAUAAAAAAUACACAGCUUUCAUGUCUGAGUACCCGCGUUUCCACGCAUCCCACGCGGACUCUCCAAAAUUGCCUGCCCCAGACAGCGACCAGUGCGUGUUUAUGGUGUACAUGGAACGGCCGUGGAGAAUCAGCAACGGCGAGUGCUUUGGCGACGAACACUGUUUUAUUGCACAGCUGUCGCCGCGACAGAUCCUGUUCCCGUCGUCGAACAACGCCCAGAAUUUCGCAUAUUUCAACACUCUCGGCGGCGGACUGGGAUUCGGAAGCAAACCGCCGCUCGUGAAGAACAACGUCCGGAUAUACAGACCGGGAGAGGUGUCGCUCACCAUUGAAGCUGGUAUGGAGAUUGCCAGUUUCCGGCACCUGGCCAUUCCUGGCACGUACCGGACAGGGUCCGUGUUUUCAUCAACAGUGCCCGAGUUUGAACACAGCUUCGAGAUCACCAAUCUGGAGGUCUGGGGAUGUGGAUCCGAAAAAGAGCUGGCGGAGCAGAAAAAACUCUGGGAAUGGGAGAACAGAGAAGCAGAGGCACGAAAGAAGCUCAAUUCCAUGAACUGGGAGGACGGAAAGGCUCUUUUGGAGAUGGCCGGCAUGAUCGACACCAAAAGAAGCGGCGGAAGUGUCUAA